AUGCCCGGUGUAGCGUCCUCGUCGUCCUCAACAUUUUCGUCUACCAGCAGGUUCAAAAACGCCCGGCAGCGGCUGAGCCGGCUCAUGAGUCGUCUGCCUUCAUUCUCAUCUGACGCACGUGACGGCUUCCGCAACGGCUUUGUCAAUAUCAACGGCAGCGUCGCGAGUGGAUGGGGGGCCUCUUCUUCCUCUUCCAGCAGCACUCCUGUGGUCAAAAAGCGAGACAGAGAAGAGACUGCAACCACCCCACCGGCUGCCCCAACCACAAAAACGCCCAAACGAGUAUCCACCUCGCCGUCCAUCACGUCGUCGGCGCUGUCUCGGUUCUCAUGGUCCGAAAGCGAACACCGACGCACACUGUCGUCAAAACUCUUUUACUCGCCACAAAGAGUCAUUGGAGAAACCGAGUCAGGAAUCGCCUUCAUCGACGAUGUGCCCCAGGGCACGGACUUUGUGUCGAUUCUCCCGACGGAAAUCUCCUUCUCUAUUUUUGCAUUGUUGGACCCACUGGACCUCGAUAACUGUGCCCUAGUGUCCCGCGACUGGAACCGGGCCAUUAAUAGCGAUCCGCUCUGGCGCCAAAUGUUCUACCAGAACCGAUGGAAGGCUGUCACGGAACCCCACACAUGCUGGAAGAGCCUCUACCGUACCCGCCACUUGCUAGCUCAACAGUGGGGAACUACAAAACACGCACAGACACACACGCUUGUGGGCCAUCAAGACUCAGUCUACUGCUGCCAGUUUGAUAACGACAAAAUCGUCACCGGCUCGCGGGAUAAGACCAUUCGAGUGUGGAACGCAACUACUUAUGUCUGUGAACGUGUAUUGGCUGGCCACGAAGCGUCGGUCUUGUGUCUCCAGUUUGACGAAAAAAUCAUGGUGUCAGGCUCGUCCGAUUACUCCAUCAUCAUCUGGGAUAUGGUGUCUAUGCAGCCUAUUCGUCGAGUCAUAACACACACCUCCCGCGUGCUUUCAGUGUGUCUCUCCCCGGAGUACAUUUUCUCGUGCUCCAAGGACGGCACCAUCUGUGUUACGAAGCGGUCUGACUUUACGCUCAAGUACCGGCUGUCAGGUCACAACGGACCUGUCAACAACAUCCAGGUCUUUGGAGACUACAUCUACAGCGCAGGGGGCGACGCACUCAUCAAAAAGUGGUCCCUGGCCACAGGUCUGUGUGUCAGAGACUACCGAGGCCACACACGCGGAGCUGCUUGCAUAGAAGCCAACGACAAAUUGAUAGUAUCUGGCAGUAGCGACAAUACCAUCCGUGUGUGGGACAAGGACAGUGGCACAUCCAAGGUGCUGGAGGGCCACAGCAAGCUGGUCAGAAGCAUCAACUUAUACGACGACUACAUUAUUUCGUCGUCGUAUGACCUGUCUAUUAAGAUUUGGACUAUUGAGGGUCGGCUUCUGACGAGUUUGACGGGCUAUCAUUCUGGCUCGUUGAUCACGGCCAAGGCUGACCGACAGAAGAUUGUCUCCACAUCUCUGGGCUGUUCUCCUGUGAUUUUCGAUUUUGGAGCGGGUCUCAAAGAAGAGCACCUAGCUCAAAUCACGGGUUAG